AAGAGCUGAGCAGAGCUAGGGACUGCAUGGUGGCUUCAGAAACGGCUUCCUUAAUUCAAAGAUAACAAUGGUUGGGAAGGCCAGAUCUUCUAAUUUUACCUUAUCUGAAAAGCUCGAUUUGCUAAAACUCGUGAAGCCGUACGUUAAAAUUCUCGAGGAACAUACCAAUAAGCAUUCUGUAAUAGUGGAAAAAAACAAAUGCUGGGAUAUUAUAGCUGAUAACUACAAUGCCAUCGGAGUAGAUCGCCCUCCUCGCACUGCACAGGGCCUGCGCACGCUGUACAAGAGGCUCAAAGAAUAUGCCAAACAGGAGCUAUUGCAGCAAAAGGAGACUCACUCAGAUUGUAAAAGCAGCAUUUCCGAGCCAACCAAGAAAGUUGUGGAGAUGAUUCCACAGAUUUCCAAUGUGUGUUUAAGAGACAGGAGCGGUGUUCAAAGUGCUAGUAUCGAUAAAGAAACAAUUGCUGGUACCAGUUCACCACAGGCAAUGUUGGAUCACCAUCCCGCGACAGUCAUGAUGGAGUUGCAAUCGGAAGAGGAUGUCAAACCUCCUCCUUCUUUGAUUAUAGACUCACAGCAAAAUGAGAACUUAGAACAAGAGGAAGAACACCAGCUGGUGCACAUUAUGGAAAGGUCUCCUUCAACAUCAGUGUCUUCAGUUGAUAUGAGAGUGAUGAUGUCUCCUUCUCCUGUACCAAGAAGAGAUGAGUUUUUUAGGCUUGAGGUUGGAGAACGCUUUAGACCAAUGUGUGGGUAUGACCCACAGAUGUUACAAAUGCUGAAAGAAGAGCAUCAAAUAAUAUUAGAAAAUCAAAGAAAAAUUGGUCUUUAUGUCCAAGAAAAAAGGGAUGGUUUGAAAAGAAAGCAGCAACUGGAAGAAGAACUGUUGCGAACAAAAAUCAAAGUAGAGAAGCUGAAGGCAAUACGACUACGCCGUGAUCUGCCGGAAUACAGCAAUAUCUAAAUAUUUUAUUACUUCUGUCAUAUUCUUUGAAAUACUUAAUAAUAAAUGCUUUUGCCCUAGCAAAAUUGUUCCUUAUGUUAAUAUGGAUGGAUCAAAAUCUGGGCUUGAGAGAUGAAAGCAUAUUUUCCAUGUUGUUUAUGUACCUUAGAAAAAUACCUUGUAUGGGUUUGAAUGCACCAACUCUUCUGGUCUGAAGUAUAAUCAAAUCCUGUAUAUUUAAGUGUUUAGGUUGAUAAAAAUCCAAACUUUUAAAAUAUUUCCACUUAUCUCUGAUAGAGUUGUGAUGAGCUAAUGGAAAUGUAGCUCAGCUCUUUUUAAAAAUUUUGAUCAUAUGCAUUAUUUUUUCAAAUAAUUACCUAUCCUUUAAUAUCUUUUUGAAGUUACAGGUUAAUAAAUACAUAUAAAGAGGAGGAAUAAGAGACUAUCUUUAAAUGUCUUAUUCUUUUCAAGUUGGUAAAUCUUAUGACGGUGAGAUUUUGCUGAUAUAUCAGCUUGGAAAACAAAAUUACUGGAUUGUUAUAUUUUUUUAAUGUUCAGUAGACAGUUGAAUAAAUAUACAUCUUUUAAAAAGUUAACACUUUUUAUUAUUUUCAGCGGAGGAUCGUUUCCAUAGGACAUUAUCAAAAUAGAGACAAUGAAUGCAACGCUUGGUUUUUAAAACUGCAUGCAUGUGUAAUUUGUGUGUACAGUUACCAUGAUCGUAUAUUCAGUUAUAGUAAUUAUAGUGGUGAUCAACCACAAAAAUGUCUCAUUUCCUCAUUUGCAUGCAUAAUUACUACAGUGCAUGUGCAACCAAGACAGUUGCAGGUGCCUUUGAUCAGUAUCACUAUGACUAUAAGCUACUGAAAUGAAAUACUUUCUGUAUGUAAGUAACAUGUGACUUGAAAUCAACAGAAGAUUCUUUGUUAUUCUGGGUACCUUUUAUAAAUGCUGCGGUUCUGGUCUUUCGAUUAGUUUCAA